AUGCGCCUCGCUCACCCCGUCCUCAAGCUGCCGCCGCGGCCAUGCUGCUCUACCACAUUCUCCGCUACGGAAGCUGUCACGGAUGUCUCCUCCGCGGACCGCUUGCUGGCGCUCCUGCGCGGCUGCGUCUCCGCGCCGCACCUCUCGCUGGGCCUCCAAAUCCACGCUCGCGCCGUCGUGUCCGGCGCUCUCUCCAGCCACCCGGCGCUCCACACCCGGCUCCUCGGCAUGUACGUCCUCGCGCGCCGGUUCCGCGACGCCGUGUCGGUGUUCUCCGCGCUCCCGCGCGCCGCCAUCGCAUCGUCGCUGCCGUGGAACUGGCUCAUCCGUGGGUUCACUGCGGCGGGGCACCACCGCUUCGCCGUCCUCUUCUACGUCAAGAUGUGGACCCACCCCGCCGCGCCGCGCCCCGAUGCGCACACCCUCCCUUACGUCGUCAAGUCCUGUGCCGCGCUCGGAGCGGUGUCCCUCGGCCGCCUGGUCCACCGCACAGCGCGGGCGAUCGGGAUCGCCACCGAUGUCUACGUUGGGAGCGCGCUCAUCAAGAUGUACUCUGACGCUGGCCUCCUCAGGGACGCCCGCGACGCGUUCGACGGAAUGCCAUGGCGGGAUUGCGUCCUGUGGAACGUGAUGAUGGACGGGUACAUAAAGGCUGGAGACGUGGGUGGGGCGGUGCAUUUAUUCCGGAACAUGAGGGCGUCCGGUUGCGAGCCCAAUUUUGCGACUCUGGCGUGCUUUCUCUCUGUGUGUGCUGCUGAGGCUGACUUGCUGUCUGGGGUGCAACUUCACUCUCUGGCGGUGAAAUGUGGUUUAGAGCAGGAGGUCGCAGUGGCUAACACAUUGCUAUCGAUGUAUGCCAAAUGCCGGUGCUUGGAUGAUGCAUGGAGAUUGUUUGAACUGUUGCCACGGGAUGACUUGGUAACCUGGAACGGAAUGAUCUCAGGAUGUGUUCAAAAUGGGCUUCUUGAUGAAGCAUUGGGAUUGUUCUGCGAUAUGCAGAGGAGUGCUGCUCGACCAGAUUCAGUUACGCUAGUGAGUUUGCUACCGGCUUUGACCGACUUGAAUGGUCUCAAGCAGGGUAAGGAGGUACAUGGUUAUAUUAUCAGGAAUUGUGUGCACAUGGAUGCCUUUUUGGUGAGUGCUUUGGUGGACAUCUAUUUCAAGUGCAAGGAUGUGAGGAUGGCACAGAAUGUGUAUGAUGCGGCUAGGGCUAUCGAUGUGGUUAUUGGCAGUACGAUGAUAUCAGGUUAUGUUCUGAAUGGGAUGAGUGAAGAGGCACUGCAAAUGUUCCGGUACUUGUUAGAACAGUGCAUCGAACCAAAUGCUGUUACUGUAGCUAGCGUCUUGCCAGCGUGUGCUGGUAUGGCUGCUUUGCCUCUUGGUCAGGAGAUCCAUGGUUAUGUUCUAAGAAAUGCAUAUGAAGGAAAAUGUUAUGUGGAGAGUGCACUGAUGGACAUGUACGCAAAGUGUGGCAGACUUGACCUGAGCCAUUAUAUCUUCUCCAAAAUGUCUUUGAAGGAUGAGGUGACAUGGAACUCAAUGAUUUCAAGCUUUUCACAGAAUGGAGAACCACAAGAAGCUCUAGACCUUUUCCGUCAGAUGUGUAUGGAAGGAAUAAAGUACAAUAAUGUAACCAUAUCUUCUGCCCUAUCAGCAUGUGCAAGUUUGCCAGCUAUAUAUUAUGGGAAGGAGAUUCAUGGUGUUAUCAUAAAGGGUCCUAUAAAGGCUGACAUAUUUUCUGAGAGUGCUCUGAUAGACAUGUAUGCGAAAUGUGGGAACAUGGAGUUGGCUCUUCGUGUUUUUGAAUUCAUGCCUGAUAAGAAUGAAGUAUCAUGGAAUAGUAUAAUUUCUGCCUAUGGGGCUCAUGGUCUUGUUAAAGAGUCACUGAGCUUCUUACAUCGUAUGCAGGAGGAAGGAUAUAAGCCAGAUCAUGUAACAUUCCUUGCUUUGAUAUCUGCUUGUGCUCAUGCAGGGCUGGUUGAAGAAGGACUCAAACUUUUUCAAUGCAUGACUAAGGAAUAUCUGAUUGCACCACGAAUGGAGCAUUUUGCUUGCAUGGUCGACCUAUACAGUCGUUCUGGGAGGUUAGAUAAAGCUAUACAAUUUAUUGCUGAUAUGCCUUUCAAGCCAGAUGCUGGCAUUUGGGGUGCUCUUCUCCAUGCUUGCCGUGUGCAUCGCAAUGUUGAACUUGCGGACAUCGCUUCCCAAGAACUGUUCAAGUUGGACCCUGGUAAUUCUGGUUAUUAUGUCCUCAUGUCCAAUAUCAAUGCAGUUGCUGGGCGAUGGGAUGGUGUAUCAAAAGUUAGAAGAUUGAUGAAGGAUAAUAAGAUCCUGAAGAUACCUGGGUACAGCUGGGUAGAUGUUAAUAACAGCAGCCAUUUAUUUGUUGCAUCAGAUAAAAGCCACCCUGAGUCUGAAGAUAUCUACACGUCCUUGAAGGCCCUGCUUCAAGAACUAAGAGAGGAAGGCUAUGUUCCCAGACCAGAUCUAUGUCACCCCAUGCACCCAGAUAACAACACACAGGUGGGAUUUAAAAAGUACAAAAGAUUGUUUGAUGUUCUAUGCACCUUAAUUAUUUGUUGA